AACAAAUGUCCUCUGUAACACCAUGGACACCUCGCGGACACCUUCCUCUGUCCCCGAACACGAGUCUGCCCCUCGGUUGAUCAGCCCUCCAGGGGUUGGGGCGAGGCACUGGCAGGCGGUGAUGACAUUCUUUUGUCUUCUGUUGUCCUACUGCCUGAGGGUGAACUUGUCCGUGGCCAUCGUAGCUAUGACAGACACCAGAGAUCCUCGACCCGACGUCACGAUUCUGCCUUGGGAUAUUGCCCAGAAAGGUGUCAUCCUCAGCUCCAUGUUUUGGGGAUACUGCAUACUGCAGAUUCCCGCGGGGCACCUGUCCCGCAUCAUUGGCCCAAAGUAUCUACUCUUCUGGGCGAUGGUGGUCUGCUCCUCGGCGACCAUCCUCGGUCCCUUCAUAGCCCUUCAUUGUGACUGGCUCGGCUUCUGUGUCAGCAGACUUGUCGUGGGCUUAGCGCAGGGAUUUUUCUUCCCUUGCGUGAACUCACACAUUGCCAAGUGGGCACCACCCCUGGAGAGGAACCGGAUGUUUUCAUUCGUUUUUGUUGGUACCCAAGUGGGUGCGACCCUGACCAUGUUCGUGGCAGGAUACCUGGCAGCAAGUUCCUGGGGAUGGCCUAGUAUCUUCUACGUGACCGGAGGCUGUGGACUCCUCUGGGCUCUGAUGUGGCUGUACGUGGGUGCCGACGAUCCUGACUCGCACUCCACAAUCAGUGAUGGCGAGAGGGCUUACAUCAAGUCUUCACUCGUCAAUUCCUCAGACCAGAGCAAGCUGAUGAAGACCCCAUGGAGAGAUAUACUCACGUCAGCACCAGUGUGGGCCAUACUUAUCGCCAACCUCUGCCACCUUUGGAGUUACUGGACUCUUAACACCAUGCUACCCAACUACUUUGGUCGCGUGCUUGGCUUCGACAUUAAAAAUAAUGGACUUAUAUCUUCUCUGCCAUUCUUGACGAAAUGUAUUUUGAUAGUGGUUUUCGGCUGGGUAGCAGACUACAUCAACGAACAAGGACUUUUCUCCUUGACGACAUCCAGGAAAUUGUGGAAUACCAUUGGUAUGUGGGGAGGAGCCGUUACCCUACUGGGCCUCGCAUUUGUCCAGAGUGCCUCAGGCGCCGUGGUUCUCCUGACCCUCUGCAUGGGUUCUGGGGCAGGGAUCUUCACCGGCUACCUGACCAACCUACUGGACCUGUCGCCUAACCACGCAGGGCUGUUGAUGGGUAUCAUAAACGGCAUCGGCAGCAUCAGUGCCAUCUUGGGUCCUAUGGCCACGGGCUUCAUCAUCCAAGAUGAGACAAGUAGGGAACAGUGGAUGUCCGCCUUCUAUGUGUGUGCGGCCACUCUCUUCCUCGGGAACCUGGUCUUUCUCAUCUUCAGCACAGCCGUUGUUCAGCCUUGGAACGAUCCAUUGAAAAGCGAAGAGCAAAACACUCUGAAUGCAUUAAAAAACUUGAGAUCACAGGACUUGGAAAAAAAUUCAUAACACAUUAAAAUUGUAAAACUUGAAGAUAAUAAACCUACGUCAAAAUGUACAAAAGUUGAGUAAAAAA